AUGCUUUUUUCGAAAGUUAACCAUGUUCUAAUAAAUUCUAUUCUCUAUUCGCGUAUGCAAUUAAUAAUCGCACGAUUCGGUUAUCGAAAUGCAACCUCUGAAUUGCGUCAGUAUUUUGAAAAGGAAAUCAAUGAACAUAAGAAAAAAGGAACUCUGCCAACGACAUUUAUAUUACAUGAUUCAAAAUACUAUGAAACACUUUCGCGUAUUCGUAGUAAAUCAGAUCGUCUUUCGUAUCUUCGUUCGUUAAUGGCAAUCAUUAAUACGCCACCAACAGUCGCUGUUCCACAAGAUUCCGGUGGUGUUCAUACUGGAUUCUUAACUCCAUAUAAAAACCUUGCUCAAUCUGAUCUAGUCAACAUGUCCGUGUGGAACUAUUUAAAAGCACAAAGAUUACAUGAUAAUCUUUUUCUCGACUGUUCAAAUAUAUCUAGUCUUCCUUUGGCACGAUUGAUAAUCGAUAUGAGAGCAAUUUUCAAUGCACUGAUUGAUCCUUGGUGGCCGAUAUUACUCGGCGUGUCCGACGAGAGACAUAGUGAAAUCAUCGACAUAUUAAAAAACAAACAUCGACUGCACGGUCCACAUCUAUCAACAUGGGAAACAAGUGAUCAAGCGAUCAAUGAGAAAGAUUUUGUACUGAUUUGUGCAAAUCAUGGUGAAACUAUCUAUGGACUCGACUCUAAUGAAAAUUACGUGGUACAGAUUGAUGGUGAUCAUCGACAGUGCUGUUUAGGGAAUGUUAAAGGUGAAAAAGUCAAUUUAUACAAAAGUGUUGUAAAACUUGAAUCAAGAACAAAGAGCUUCAAUAAUUCCAAACGGAUUCUAACACCUGAUUUGUUUCAGAUAUUGGCUUCAUUGAAAAUGAAAGGUUUAUUUUAUAGGAAAGUUCUGAGAAAAAAUGAUGAUGAAAGUCAUAAUAUAAAACCAAAAGCUCGUAGUGGUCUCAUAUCACAUUAA